AGCUUAUUUCAUUAACUGAUGCCUACUUCUACUACUAAAUUGGAAGACCCUGCAGAAUACAAAUUUAAUCAAAUUUGUGUUAGGAACACAAUGGUUUAUUCAAUAAUGUCAUUAUGUCUUUACCAGUUUGACCAACACCAACACUUUCAACUCAGUAUGACUGUUGUAGAAUUUACACAUACUCAACAUGGAAAUCAACAAGUCAUAAAUAUUUCCCCUGCUAACACAAAGAAAGCCAAGUGAAUGGAUACCGCAACCACUUGACAAAGAAACCUAUAUCCUUUUUCUGUUUACUAUAAUCUCAAGUUUAUUGUUUUAUAGUUUUAUGGUCAAAUAUCAAGGCACUUAGACAGGUGCCCUGGAGGUGUCUCAAAUACCUUGAUCUGUUUGAAUAACCAGGAUAAGCUGCUUUAUAAACCCAUUACCUUCCCAUGGUCAAUAACAUUGAACUGACAACAUGUAGUUACCAUGGCAGUUAAUAAGACAAGCAAUAAUAAAGUGAAACUCCCACCAGGAUUUCCUUCAUCUAUGCUAAAUUCUGUUUACUAUCAUAUAUUGUUCAUUAGAGAAAGGAAACUGUUGCAUUUGUCAAAAUGAAAAACAAAAAUGAUUUAUAAAUGAUGACAGACAGUGCACUUAUGUUAUUUGAUGCAUUAGCUGAAUAAGUGACUGGCAAGGGAGAUGAGCAACAGAAAAUUGAAGAAGUCAACCUCUCGUGUUGGUGAAGUUGUAUCACAAGUGACAGUAAAAGCUCUGCAAGAGUUUGAAACUGGUCCACUAACACCUGAACAACUAGCUGAGGGAGAAGGUGCAGAUGCUGAGGCAGAGCCUGCACCAGGAGAUGGUACAGAGGAUGCAGCAGAGGGUGAGCAGCCAGCAGCAGUAGAGAAACCACCCUCCAGGCCCAUAUCGGCCAAGUCAGGAUCCAGACCAGGCUCAGGAAAACCAGGUUCUCGACCAGGAUCCGCUACACAGAAGCCUCCCAGUCGCACAGGUUCAGGUGGCUCUGCUGGAAAGGACAGACCUGCCAGUGGCAAAGGGUCUGUGGCUGAGAGGCUUUCUCAGCAGGGCUCUAGACCUGGUUCUGGCAAAGCUGGUUCAGAAAGACCUGGUUCUGGUAAGGCUGGUUCAGAAAGGCCUGGUUCUGGCAAAGCUGGUUCAGGCAGGCCAGGUUCUGGUAAAGCUGGUUCAGACAGACCAGCUUCUGGCAGACCUGGCUCAGGCAGACCUGGUUCUGGAAAACCGGCAUCUGCCAGCAAACCAGACGAAGCUGUUCCAGAGGGAGCAGGUCAAGAAAGAGGACCUGAUGAUGCUGCAGAUGUACCUCCACAGCCAGCGGAGCAGGGCACUGGGGCAGGGGAAGAUUUUGUACCUGACUUUCCACCACCAGAUGAACCCCAGAAUGAUGACUUGCUGAACUUUGACUUUGGUGGCACUGGUGCAGGUGCCCUGACUGGUGGAGGCGGCGGGGGUGGUGGAGAUGAUGGGGAUGAUGGUGGAGAUGGAGGAGAUGAUGAGGAUGAUGAGGAGGAAGAAGAAGAGGGUGGAGUUGGACCUGUAGCUGUGGGAGGAGAGAGUGAUGAUGGAAGUGAUGGAGAGGGGGAGAUGGUCGUCCUGGAUCCAGACCAUCCUUUGAUGAAAAGAUUCCAAACUGCCUUGAAAUCUCACCUGCUGAAACAGGAUGAAAAAGUGACAUUGGAGCUCAGAGAAUUGACUGAAGCCCUUAAAGAUAAAAGAAAGACCAGAGAAGACAUUGGUGUGGAGUUAUAUGGUGUACAGCAGGAACUAGCCAGGCAUCAGAUGAUGCUAGAGAAGAAACAUGAUGAGUUUGCCACGCUCAGCAACGAGAGAACCCAGGCAGAACAGAACCUGGGAGACAUACGGGACAUGUACAAGGAAACACAGUUAACUGUCAACAAGGAUAAAAAGAAGAAUGCUGAGCUGCAGAGUGAGGUGGAGCAUCUGGCAUUGAGGAUCUUCUACAUGGAGAAUGCCAAGGAGGAUGUCAGGUCUGACAUAGCAGUGAUGAGGAGGGCUGCGGAGAAAGCAGACUCUGAAGUCUCCAAGUCAGAAGCACUUAAGCAAAAGCAGGAUCUGUUUGUGGACAGGCUUGUAGAGAGAGUGGACAAACUAAAAGAGGAGAUUGCCAUGUAUGAGGCUCAGAUAUCUGCCCAGUCAGAGGAGACCAAGGCUGCCAGGGAGGCACUGACAGAGGCACACAUGGAGAUUGAGGCAAUCAACAUGGAGAAGAAACAGCUGUUGCAGCAGUGGAACAGCAGUUUGAUUGGUAUGAGGAGAAGAGAUGAAGCUCAUGCUGCAAUGAUGGAAGCCUUGAAUCAACAAGAACAAAGAAUCCUUUCCCUGGAAACAGAAAUCGAAGGCUACAAGAAGUCUAUAUUUAAAGAGCAGGAGCAGAAUGAAAAGCUGACACUUAUUUUGAACAAAGCUGAGAUAGACAUUGCCACCUUGAGGAAGCAGAUGGCUGUUUGCCAGCAGAAACACGAGGCACUGAAGUCUGAGUAUGCCACAUAUACCAGGAUGUUACAUGAGACAGAGCAAGCCUUGAACAGAGCUAAUGCUGAAAAACAAACUAAGCUGAAUGAGUUGAAUGCUCUGAGGAAGCAGAUAGAGCGUGAGUACCUGGAGAAGGUGCGACUGGAGGAUGAAAUAAUGGAAAUGAUGAGACAGCAGCUCACCAUGGACAAGGCCUCUCAAUACACAGAGAAGCUUACAGGGAAACUGAGGGACAGGACAAAAGAAUUGGAAGCCCAGUCAGCAGAAGUAGAGAACCAGAUAGCUCGUGAUGGUCUGGAACUCUCCAAUGUGAACACCAGAAUAGAAAACCUCAAACAUAUCAUGGAUGAUCUGAAUGAGAAUAUUCGGCAGAAGAAUGCAAUAAUCUCCAGGAGUGAGAAUGAAAUGAUCAAGAGAAACGCCAUCAUCGAGAGGAAACAGAACCUGAUAGAUCAGUAUAACAAGAAGCUGGAAGUGCUCAUUUCCAGUGCUGGGGGUGUUGAGCUUGGUCCCCUGGAGAUCCAGAUCAACUCUCUGCUCAAGUCCAUAGAUGCCCAGCAGCAAGAGAUAGCAGAGUUGCAGCAGAUGUGGCUGAGGCAGCAGAGUGAGCUGGUCAGACUGACCAGGGAGAGAGAGGAACAGUCCUUGGAUGUCGAGACCAGGAAAAAACAGCUGGUCAUCCUGACACAGAAGAAGAUGAGGAUUGAAAGUGAAAUUGAGCAAGAGAGACGAGACAUUGGUGAGAUUGAGAAAGAUGUCAGCAACAUGCACAAUGACAUGUUGAAGCUGAAUAUGUUGCUCCACAAGGAGAAAGGAAUGGAAGAACAACUGCACCAGAGUAACGCUCUGAUGGAGACAGAUUUCAUUCUGCAGCUCAAGGAAUCGGAGAUGAACUCCAUACAGAUGCAGUCCAAACUGGAUGCAUUGAAAGAGGAAAAGGAAAGACUGCUCAAUUCCCUGGUGGAAGCAGAGCGUCAAAUAAUGUUGUGGGAGAAGAAGGCCCAGUUGGCCAAGGAGACCCGAGCUGCCGUGGACUCAGAGGUGGGUCAGGGGGAGAUACGUGCAAUGAAGGCCGAGAUCCACCGCAUGCAGGUCCGCUACACACAGCUGAUGAAGCAACAGGAGAAGAUGAUCCAGGAGAUGGAGAAGGCUGUGUCCAGGCGUGACACCAUUGUCACCAGAGGUGAUGCCCAGAGUAAGAUGCACAAAAAAGUUCUGACCAAAGGAACAUUCCAGAGACAGCUGGCAGAACUGAGGAAGAAAAUCAAACAAACUGUGCAGGAUGCGAGUGGCUGUGACCAGGAGAUACGCCAGCUGCGUGAACACCAGCAGCAGUUAAGCCAGCAGUUGGAGGACAGACAGACCAACUGCCAACAACUACAAGGCAAAGCAGACGAACUGGAUGUGGAUGUAGAAAGACUCUACGAACAGAAACAGAAGAACUUGAGUGAGCUGCUGUCCAAGCAGCAGAGAGCCAAGUACUACCAGCAGGCCAAGGACGGAAAGUACACCAGGAUAUGUAAGAGUGACGCCGCCUUGGACAGCGAGCUGGAGAAACAAAAGGAGAGGCUGUAUGCUCUGUCUGCCAUAGUGGACAGGUUGAACCAAGAGUUCCCUCAUGUCCAGCCAGCCCUGAGGAAGGUCACUGUGGCACUGGGGUCCAAGAUGAUGCAUGAUGAAGAUCAGUAGUGGUCAGUUAGGUGGUCAUCGUGGUGAAGACCCAGAUGUUUGCCCUAAGAGACUGUUUGGAUGAUGUUUGGACAUUGAAAGAAUUCAAAAAGAACUAUUAAAAAAUAAAAAAGUAAACUUUAAGUUUACAGUGUUACCAACAAAUGUAACUUUAUUUUAA